AUGAGGGGGCUUCGUGCCUGCUACCAACUGCUGCCCAACCAGGACAAGGAACUGUCCCUGAGAUGUGGGGAGCUGGUCAUAGAGAGGAAACAAGGCUGGGAGGGAGCUCCAGCAGUGGCCCUGGCCCUGAAAGAGCUGUGCAGGCUGCUGCUGAGCACAGCGAGCAGUGUUCUGCGGGACAGGGAGAGCCAGGAGAUUGGGCCCCCACCUGCCCUCUGGCCGCUGCAGCAGCCCUGGCACCUGCUGUACUGCACCAGGCAGGAUGGCUUCUGCCGGCAGACCCUGUAACCAUGCGCAGGCCACCCAGGCUCCCCCCCGCUGCUCAGCAGGGAAAUGGAAGCUCAGGCCUUCGGUGCCUUCUCUGCCAGCAACAGCAAUGGCUUCUACGGGACAAGGGAGAGCUUCUUCUUCUCUUUCUCCCCAGAUCUGAAGGUGUUCAGGUGGACGGGAAGGAACAACUUCGUGAAAGAGGAUGUGGACCAGCUGGUGAUCGGUGGGGGCAGCGAUAGAUUUGGGCUGUGGCUGGCUGGAGACCUGAACCAUGCGGGCAGCCACCCAUGUGAGACCUCUGACAAGACAUGCUUGCCAUGGGAGGUCUGUAUCCGGGACCUGGAAGAGUGGGGCCGAGCCUGA